ACCGCUGCUGAAGCAGAUAAAGAACUCGGCCGAGUCUCACAUUGUACUGGAUUGCUCCACCGAGAGGAUUUACGACGUGCUGAAGCAGGCGCAGCAAAUAGGGAUGAUGAGCGACUAUCACAGUUACCUCAUCACCUCUUUGGACCUGCACAGCGUCGAUCUGGAGGAAUUCAAGCACGGCGGGACCAAUAUCACUGCCUUUCGAUUAGUGGACCCCGAGAAGCCAGAAAUUCAGAAGGUCGUGCAAGAUUGGAUCUACGGCGAGAAGCGUUAUAAUCGGGAACUCGAUAUGGGACAGAGCUCGAACAAGACUGAGACGUCGCUGAUGUACGACGCUGUUCACCUGUUUGCGAAGGCGCUGCACGAUCUGGACACGUCCCAGCAGAUAGACAUCAAGCCACUGUCCUGCGAGUCUACGGACACCUGGCCGCACGGAUAUUCCCUCAUAAACUACAUGAGAAUUGUCGAAAUGACUGGAUUGACAGGAAUUAUCAAGUUCGAUCACCAAGGAUUCCGUUCGGACUUCAUUCUGGAUAUCAUCGAACUGAAUAACAAGGAGGGAUUGAAGAAGAUCGGGACAUGGAACAGCACGAAAGGCAUAAAUUUCACGAGAAGUUACAAAGAGGAGUACACUCAGAUCGUGGAAAAUCUUCAGAACAAAACUUUCAUCGUGACGACCAUAUUGAGCGCACCGUACUGCAUGAGGAAGGACUCGAGCGAGAAGCUCACCGGAAACGCACAGUUCGAGGGUUACAGCGUCGACUUGAUUUUCGAGAUAUCAAGGAUCCUCGGCUUCAAUUACACGUUCCGUCUGGUGCCGGACGGACGGUACGGCUCUUACAACAAGAAAACGAAAGAGUGGGACGGUAUGAUGAAAGAACUGCUCGAUCAGAAGGCAGACCUAGCGAUCGCCGAUCUCACUAUCACGUACGAUCGAGAGCAAGCGGUCGACUUCACCAUGCCUUUCAUGAACCUAGGGAUCAGCAUACUGUAUCGUAAGCCUAUAAAGCAGCCGCCGAAUCUGUUCUCGUUCCUCAGCCCGCUCAGCCUCGACGUUUGGAUUUAUAUGGCGACAGCUUAUCUGGGCGUCUCUGUGCUUCUCUUCAUACUCGCCAGGCAAACGUUGUCUAGAGUUGAUCAGUUUAGAUUCACCCCGUACGAGUGGUACAAUCCUCAUCCGUGCAACAAAAACCCGGACCAUCUGGAGAAUCGCUUCAAGCUGCUCAACUGCAUGUGGUUCACCAUCGGAUCCUUAAUGCGGCAGGGCUGUGACAUUCUGCCCAAGUUCAGCCCCUACGAGUGGGAGAAUCCCCAUCCGUGCAACGGACAGUCCGAGGUCCUCGAGAACGAGUUCACCCUGAUGAACUCGCUCUGGUUCACCAUAGGCUCGCUCAUGCAGCAAGGCUCUGAUAUAGCGCCGAAGGCCGUGUCAACUCGCAUAGUGGCGGGCAUGUGGUGGUUCUUCACUUUGAUCAUGAUCUCUUCGUACACUGCCAACUUGGCCGCGUUCCUCACCGUCGAGAGGAUGGAUUCGCCGAUCGAGAGCGCGGAGGAUCUCGCCAAGCAGACGAAAAUCAAAUACGGCGCUCUCAAAGGAGGGAGCACCGCGGCCUUUUUUAGGGAUUCCAAUUUCUCGACGUACCAGCGCAUGUGGUCCUUCAUGGAUUCAGCAAAGCCGACCGUAUUUACAACGAGCAACGUCGAGGGCGUGGAACGGGUGAUCAAGGGUAAAGGCAGCUACGCGUUCCUAAUGGAAUCCACUUCUAUCGAAUACGUAAUCGAGAGGAACUGCGAUCUCACCCAAGUCGGCGGCCUCUUGGACUCGAAAGGAUACGGCAUAGCGAUGCCGCCAAAUUCGCCGUACAGAACGGCCAUAAGCGGCGCCAUACUCAAGCUGCAGGAAGAGGGGAAGCUGCACUUGCUCAAGACACGCUGGUGGAAGGAGAAACGUGGCGGAGGAUCUUGCAGGGACGACACCUCGAAGAGCAGCUCGACGGCGAACGAGCUAGGCCUGGCGAACGUCGGCGGGGUGUUCGUGGUGCUGAUGGGCGGGAUGGGGAUCGCUUGCGUGAUCGCGGUGUGCGAGUUCGUCUGGAAAAGCCGGAAGGUCGCCAUUGAGGAACGGAAGUCCGUGUGCUCCGAGAUGGCGAGCGAGCUGCGUUACGCGCUGGACUGCGGGAACGGCACGAAAAAGCCGGCGAAGAAGACGCUGUGCCACCGCGAGAGGCAGCAAUCGAAUCUGUCGAUCGUGUCCGAGGAGGGCAGGUAUCCGGAGUGCAACAAGUACAGACACUUCGUGGGCAAGGCGCCUCUGACCUACGUAAUUCUUUCAGGAGGACUGUUCGACGAUGACGGGGGAAUUCAGCGUACCUUCGAAACGUCUAUAAAAUCGGUGAACAAAGAACGACACGAGAACGUGGAAUUUGCUAAUGUGUUCCUCGUGGCGGAAUCGAUCGAGGUCGGAACAGAUCCUUUCGACGUGUCGCAAAAAGUAUGCGAAUUGAUGGAAACUGGGGUGGCCGCAAUUUUCGGGCCUCAAAAUAGGGUCACCUCGGAACACGUGCAGAGUAUGUGUGACACCAUGGAAAUGCCGCAUAUUUAUGGUAGAUGGGAACCCUCGCAGACUCGUGGCAAAGGGAUAAACUUGUUCCCACACGCGGAAACACUCUCUCUGGUUUUCGAUCAAAUCAUAACUGGUUUCGAAUGGAAGUCUUUUGCAAUAUUAUACGAAGGCACCGACAGCCUGAUUCGCAUUCAUCGUUUGCUGGAACGAUGGGAUGCAAAGGGCCACGCGAUCUUUUUGUAUCAGUUGGGAGAGGGUCCAAGUUACAGAAAAGUAAUACGAGAAAUAAAAGACGCGGAUAUUGAAAAUAUCCUUAUAGAAUGCUCGAUUGAUCUACUCGAAGAGGUAUUGAAACAGGCGCAACAAGUGGGCGUUAUGUCGGAAAAGAACAAAAUUAUAGUGACUUCUUUGGAUCUUCAAACGAUCGACCUAGAACCGUAUCAAUUUUCCGGAGUGAAUUUCACCGGGGUGCGUUUAAUCGACCCCGACAGUCCAGUUGUAACGAGCAUCGUGGAAAUGCACAAAAACGAAUGGGGUUUGGACGAUCCCUCACAAUUACGCGUCGAACCUGCGCUCAUGUACGACGCUGUGCAACUUUUCGCCAGAGCUUUCAAACGUUUAAAAGACGCCAUUAAAGGUGACGUGAAACAAUUGCCCUGUAAUGGUACCGUUAGCUGGGAGCACGGUUACAGUUUGAACAAUUUCAUGCGUCUCAGCGAAAUGGAAGGUUUGACUGGUCUGAUUAAAUUCGAUACAGCUGGUUUUCGCAGUGAUUUUCAGUUGGACAUCGUAAGGGUGGCGGAAGAGGGCCUGAAGAAAAUCGGAGUGUGGAACAGCACGAACACCGUGGAAUGGCAACUGGAAUCUCAUCCUCCCAAGUCUGACGUCGAGUUGAGCUUGCAGAACAAAACUUUCAUCAUUUUAAUCGCUAUCAAUCAUCCCUACGGCAUGCUGAAGGAGUCAGCGGACAUGAUGACGGGAAACGAUCGUUACGAAGGUUUCGGCAUCGAUAUCAUUCUGGAGAUAAGCAAGAUGCUCGGCUUCAAUUACACGUUCGAGGUGCAAGGGGACAACGUCUACGGAUCGUACUCGAAGAAGUUGAAAAAGUGGACGGGGAUGCUCGGGAAAAUAAUCGCCGGCGAAGCUGAUCUGGCAAUCACAGACUUAACUAUAACAUCCACACGGGAAGGGGCAGUAGAUUUUACGAUGCCUUUUAUGAAUUUAGGAAUAAGUAUCCUGUAUAGAAAACCAACGAAAACACCGCCAAGUUUGUUCUCCUUUCUGUCGCCAUUUUCGGCUGGAGUAUGGUGGUACCUGAUCGGAGCUUACAUAUUCGUGUCCGUGGUGCUUUUCAUGAUCGGCAGGAUAUGCCCAGCUGAGUGGAACAAUCCCUACCCUUGCAUAGAGGAACCGGAGGUGCUCGAAAAUCAGUUCACUUUUAAAAAUUCUCUGUGGUUCACCAUCGGCAGUAUUAUGCAGCAAGGUUCCGAGAUUGCGCCCAUAGGACUUUCGACAAGAAUGAUGGCAUCUUCCUGGUGGUUCUUCUGCCUCAUCAUGGUAUCAUCCUAUACCGCCAAUUUAGCCGCGUUCCUGACUGUCGAAACAUUAGUGUCGCCCUUCUCGAACGUCGAGGAAUUAGCAACGAAGAAGACCAUCAAGUACGGAGCUAAAACCGGAGGAUCCACCUUGAUGUUUUUCAAAGAUUCCAACUACUCCACGUACAAGGAGAUGUACGAGUACAUGAUGCAGAACGCCGAAGAAGUAUUGCCCGCUGACAACGACGCCGGAUUGAAGAAGGUGCUCCGGGAAGAUUACGCGUUUCUAAUGGAGUCAAGCUCUAUAGAAUACAUCACCGAGAGAUACUGCAACGUGACGCAGAUCGGUGGACUUCUCGACGCGAAGGGUUACGGAAUUGCCAUGAAAAAAUUCUCGCCGUACCGUCACGCGUUGAACACUGCCGUGUUGAAGCUCCAACAGAGCGGCUUGAUCACAGAACUGAAGAAGAAAUGGUGGACGCAGAAACGCGGAGGAGGAAGGUGUCGAGAAGACGGUGGUCAAAGUGCUGCAGAGGAACUGGAUCUCGACAACGUGGGUGGCGUGUUUUUAGUACUCACUGUAGGCGUUGCCUCGUCCUUCUUCUACACUAUAUUCGAAUUAGUCUGGGAGGUUGGCUGUACAUCACUACGUGAAAACAUUUCCUUCAAAGAAGAAAUGAUGGCCGAACUGAAGUUCAUAGUAAAAUGCAGCAACUCGCCUAAGCCAGUUCGAAGAAGAAAAGGAUCGUCUAAUCGAAGCGGAGAGGAUAGUACCAGAGGUUGCACACCUCCAUACGGAUUUAUACCGGUAAUCAGAACCUCGAGCUCUGACGAUAAGUGA